GAAGAAGAACGGGCACACGUGACGUCAAACAGGAAGUAAAUAAACUGUCUUCCCGCGCUGUUCAGUCUGUUGAACAGGUCGUCCAAAUUAAUCGAUAAUCUCACAAAAUGGACGAGCUGUAUUUAGAUAACAUCGACGAAUACGUCAACGACCACGACAAAAUAGUGACUUAUAAAUGGCUGAGCCUCACUCUGGGAGUCCAUGUCAACACAGCUAAACAAAUGCUCUUCCAUUACUUGGAUCACAAAAGGAAGGAAAGCUCAGCCCGGCUUCACGCCACCUACCUCGUGUCGGGGAAGUUUGUGGACAACGGCCAAACGAGUCACAAAGUGUCUGUUGUCAGAGAGGAACAGCUGGAAGAUUUCAAAUCCAAGAUGAGUUUGAUCGUCAGCGUCCACAUCUACAGCGUGCAGAAGGCUUUAUUAAAAGACAGCGGCCCGCUCUACAGUGUGGACUAUGAUGCUGUCAAAGACAAUCUGAAGAACUGCAGCAAAUUCAGUGCGAUCCGCUGUGCCGACGCCGUGCCCAUGUCGUCUCUGGAGCUGCAGCAGACCAGAGAAAUCCAGCGAGCAGAGACACCGGAGCCUGAGCACAAGAAACCCAGCAUGAACGGAGAGCCCGUUAAUGGGACUUCAAAACCUUCGGCCAAACCACAGAAAGGCAUCAUGGGAAUGUUUGCAAGUAAACCAGCAACUAAGAACCAAGACAGCGGAAAGGACAUAAAGUCGGAGCAGAAGGAGGACACACCUGUGGUUGAUGCUCCUAAAAGCAAACCAGCUGCUAAAGUCAAUCCUAUGAUGAACUUCUUUGGAUCUCAAGCAAAGAAACCGGACAAACCUGUGAAGGAGGAGGAAGCAGCUCGGCCAUCAUCACCUGCAGAGCAGCAACGUCCGACUCCACGCACCGAGGAAAAGAAACAAGAGGCUGCUGCCGUGGAGCCACCUAAAGCUUCUAAGAAAGACUCCAGGAGUAAAUCAAAGAGGAUUGAGGAUUCUGACAGCGAAGAGGAGAAAAUGGAGAAGAAAAAGAGACGACGGAUUAAGAAGCCGGUACCAGACAGCAGCGAUGAAGAUGUUAUUCCAGAUUCUCCACAGCAGAUGGAAACAAGAGAGAAGUCACCGAGUCCUAAGAAGGAAGCAAAGCCUGUUUCACACACUCACCAGAGCAGCUCUGAGACAAAGAUGAGGAAGAGGAGACGAGUCCUGAAGGCGAAAACGUUUGUAGACGAGGAAGGAUGCAUCGUGACAGAGAAAGGCUACGUGAGCGAAUCGUACUCCGAAACAGAAGAUGAUUUCAAGCCCACCAAACAAGCUCUGAAAGAUCCCUUCCCUGCAAAACCACCAACGAGUAACAAACAAGACGAGAAGAAGAGUCAGAAGAAGGCGUCUGCUAAUGCAAAUAAAGGAGGCAAACAAGCGUCUAUUAUGGGAUUCUUCCAAAAGAAGUGAGAGACGCUUUAUCGGCCCUGAGGAAGAACAGCACUGCUGAAGACUUACUGUAAAAAAAAAAACACAUCCAAGAAUAAAGGACUACAUCUACACGGACAUGAUGGCAAACCAUUGACUUUUACUUUGCUGUUACAAGUUUAUAAAAUAAAUAUUAAAACCUGAAAGUAAA